UUUUGACCAGAAAAACAAAACAACUUCAGGCGGUGGUCUGUUCGGAAGUAACAAUUCGCCCUUCUUCCACCAUACUGUUCCAUUCCAACAACAAGGACACAAGAUGGUAAUGGACGCAACACCUUCGCCGCAGAACGUGGGCCGCGAGUUCGUCCGCCAGUAUUACACGCUACUGAACAAGGCGCCGGACCAUCUGCACCGAUUUUACAACAGCUCGUCCAGCUUUGUGCACGGUGGUCUCGAUUCGAAACAUCAAGAUACGGCAUUGGUGAUCGGCCAGACGCAAAUUCACGGCAAGAUACAGCAGUUAAACUUUCGUGAUUGCCACGCCAAGAUUAGCCAAGUCGAUGCACAAGCAACGCUGGGCAAUGGUGUGGUGGUGCAGGUGACGGGUGAGCUCUCGAACGAUGGGCAGCCGAUGCGCCGUUUCACGCAGACGUUCGUCCUAGCGGCCCAGUCGCCGAAGAAGUACUAUGUCCAUAACGACAUAUUCCGGUACCAGGACAUCUACACUGAUGACGACACCGAUGAUGGCGAACGUGCUAACGGAGAUGAAGACGGUCCCGAUGCCGGUUCUGAUGGAUGUUUGGUGGAAUCCAAGCACGGUGCAUCCAGCGUAAACCAUGGCGGCCAUUUGCAGCAUAUAUCGCAGCAACAACCGCCUCAGCCACAACCAAUGGCGCAAGCUCCUCAGCAGUCCCUCUAUUAUCCAUCGAAUGUGAUAAGCACUGGUUCGGGAUUGUUACCUACUUAUGGGCAAUCUGUGGCUAGCCAACCGACGCAAGCUACCCAGCAACCUCAAUCACAACAGCAACCCCAGCAGCAGCAGCAGUUGCAGCAGCCACAGCUUAACGGGCUUCACGAGGAUUUGAUAAAAAAUGUAAGUUCCGGUGUAGGCACACUGUUGACAGGCGCCACGCCAUCGAUCGGUACUACCACAGUUCAACCUACGUCUAUCGAUCCGACUAUUACUCACAUCAACUUGCUAAAUCAACAACCGUCACUCACCCAGGUCCAAUCAGCAACGACACACGGAUCAUCAUCCCAACAGCAGCCUCCGCAUUCAAACCGAGCAUUGGGUGACACGGAUGUACCGAAAAGUUCUCUCAACCUAAAUGAUAUGAAUGCCACCGGUGGUGGAAGUUCAGGUGACAGUGAAAACCUGCCUACGAUCAUAGGUGGUUCCACCAAUGACUUAGAAAACCAUCAGUCACAGCCACAGCAUCCUCACCAGACGCAGCACCACAAGCCUCAGCAACAACAGCAGCACCAGCAACAGCAGCCGCACCACCACCAUCACCACCACCAACAGCAACAGCAGCAACACCAGCCGCCGCAACAGCAGCAGCCGCAACAGCAACUGCAGCACCAACAGGCACAACAGCAGCUGCAGCAGCAUCAAUCGCAACAGCAGCUGCAGCAGCAACAGGCACAACAGCAACUGCAGCAUCAACACCAACAACACCAGCAACCGCAGCAGAAGCAGCAGCCGGAACAGCAGCAGUCGCAACAGCAGCUGCAGCAGCAGCAGCAGCCCCAACAACAGUUGCAGCAGCCGCAACAGCAGCAGCAGCAGACGCAACAACAGCAACAGCAGCACCAACAACAGCCGCAGCAGACGCAGCAGCACCAAGAACAACAACCGCAACAUUUGCAACAGCAGCAACCGCAACAUUUGCAUCAGCAGCAACCACCACAACAGCAGCAGCAACAGAAACAUCAACAACAACAGCAGCAACCACAGCAACAGAAACAUCAACAACAACAACAGCAAAAACAACAACAAUCGCAACCGCAACAACAGCAGCAGCCAACACAACAGCAGCAGACGCAACAGCAGCACCACCACCAGCACCACCACCACCAACAUCAGCAGCAACAGCAACAAAAACAACAACAAAAACAACCACAACCACAACAGCAACAGCAAGGAACACUAAAUCAUCAUAAUAAUCAGCAGCAGUCACAGGGACAAGCAAAUCACCAUUCGGGCGGUUUCGGAAACAAGCAAUCAAUCGCGGUGGUGCAUUCGCUGGAGCCAAAAACCUAUGCCAAUUUAGUGAAGUCGGGUGUUGGAGCGGCUGGACCAUUAAGCUUUGCGUCAGCCAUGCAAGCGUCGCUAAACGUGGGUGGUUCCGUGUCCCAAACUUCCCAACAAAGUCACAGUCAGCAUCAACAAACCCACGGGUCGCAGCAUCAGCCACAUCAUGCGUACGGUACUGGCCGAGGACAGCGAGAGACAGUAUCGCCAGCUACAUCCUGUACUACGGCCGGAAGUAUGGCCACCAUCCUCAGUGUAAACGGCAAGUUUGCUAACGACCGGCAACAAGAUACGCUGGGCACUGGGCUUGGCACCGGUAGUACUGGUGGCACGACCAGCAACUUGUCUCAGCAGCGAUCGCAGCAGCAACGAUCGCUGCGGGUGAACGGAACGGCCGGGACAGCAGGGCUACGACAGCAGGAUGGCCGGCAGUCGAGCUACGGACGGCAAAACUACAACGAUGGCGAUGAGCGACGUCAAAGUUCGUCCGCCCAGUUAGGUGACAACCACCAGCUUUUCCUCGGGAAUAUACCGCAUCACGCGACUGAAGAUGAGCUCAAGUCGUUGUUCAGCAAAUUUGGUACAGUGGUCGAUUUACGCAUUCUAUCGAAAUCAGUUCAGAAACUACCAGGCGUGCGAACGCCACCACAUUAUGGCUUCAUCACCUACGAAGAUCCCAGCUCGGUGCAAACGUGCCUAGCGAACAUGCCCCUCUUCUUCCCGGAAAAUUCGCCGGACGGACAAAAGUUGAACGUUGAGGAAAAAAAAACGCGCGUCCGUGGACCAGGCGAGAGUGGAGGACGUAUUAACAAUGGCGGACUCGGCAGUGGCGGAGGGUCAACGAGAUCUGGUGGUGGCUCAGGAGGCCAAUCGCGAAGCGGUCCAUCGGGUGGCCAGGGUGGCGCCAGUAUGAAUCGUGGUGGUGGUAGCGGCGGUGCUAGUGGUGGUGGGGGCGGCCAGCGAAGUCUCGGUAGCACGGUCGUUGGUAGUAGCGGAGGAAAUCGUGGCACAGGAAGUGGCGGUGGCAGUAGCGGCUAUGGUCAGCGACCUGAUAGGAACAACGUAAACUCCCAAAGAUCUGUCGCUAAUGCAACGGGCAUCACCAACCGUGGUUUCGGUUCUGGCUUCUAAAUGCAGAGAGAAAGGAGACAUCGAUGAAAGCAUUUUGAACAUAAAGACCCGCAUGCGUGUAUCGUAAGCAAAGACACAGACCGUCGCACGGACGUGUGAUGCGAACUUAGCUAGAGCAUGCUGGCCAAGACGCGAAAAGAUGUCGGGCCUAGCAGUGAAGCACUUGAACAACGUUCUCAGAGGUUCCAAUGUCUUUAGACCAAAGCAAUCAACACAUUUCCAACACAUUGGGGACAGCUUCAAUUGUUGCAGUUGUCAAAAUGCAUACAUGUAUAUUUAUGCGUGUGAACGAAUGCACUAUAAGAACAAAUUACGUGAUAUGCACUAACAUUGGGAAACCGCGAAAGGACGACGAAAAUAAGGAACAACAUGUGCUAGAAUACGAACGAUGUAUUUGUCGACAUGAAUGUUUGUGUUUUAUGUGAUCGCGCACGCAAUUCUCUGACAGCAACUGACAUUUUUGCUUAGUAGCCUUUUUCUUGAAUUCCAUCAUCAUCUGAUUGAGUCUACAAAUUGAAUCGAAAACGUACCAUAUUCUCAGCAAAUAGUCAUAUGUCUAGUUCGAGUUGAAGUGAAAAAAAUUCUGAUAACCCAUCCUACGCGUAAUCCGCUUGUUUGUUUCAUGCAGAGAAACAGUCAGAGGUGUAUUUUCAUCUGCUUAAAGUUUUGCAUUCACGCUAAUGCACCGAAGACGAGGUCCGCUUACUAUAAUGCGACUUUAGUGAUUUCCUCUUUCCAUAACUGGGAGUUUGAGCAAUUGUUGGCAUCAGACCCAAGCUGGUGCUUGGAAGCAGUCUAGACUUGGCUUUCGUGACAUCCGAUUUAUUGAGUAAUCGGUGCCUCCGGCUAGAAUUAGAAUAGAAUAAAAAGGCGAUAAGAAAAGAGAUUCCAAAAUAUUGGAACGAACAUAUGGCGCGGAAAGCAGCAAAGGAAAAUUUUUGAUACAAACUUCUUAACGAAAUGGAAACGACAGAGUAAUUAAAUUAAAAAUAGUUUUACUUAAUUAUCCUCUAGAACUUACAAACGAAUGCACAGCUACAUACGUACACAUAAAUACAAAGAAAACAACCUAUACGCAAAGUUCUAUAUUUCCCCGGUAUUAGCGUUCAGUGAAGUAAGCACAUGCAAAUAAUAGAAUGAACAAAUGAUAAAUUAAUUAUGUGUAUAAUGCUUUUUUUACAUUCUAGUUUCUACACAUCGCCUUUUAGGUCAUUUAGUGAAUAAAAAGCGAAAGCAGAAUUAUAAUUCAAACAAACUUAAAAAGAGAGUUAGUAAAUGAGCAACGGCUGUGUUGCGCUU